AUGGGUAUUAGUCGGAGACCCAAGAAGGAUGCCGGCCAAGCUGCCGCGCAGGCGGGCGGCGGCGGCGCAAAGCCCAAGAAAGCAACUUUCGAGACCUCAAAGAAGAAGGAGAUCGGUGUUUCUGAUCUCACGUUGCUGAGCAAGGUUUCCAACGAAGCGAUCAACGAGAACCUGAAGAAGCGAUUCGAGGGCAGGGAAAUCUACACAUACAUUGGCCACGUCCUCGUUUCGGUCAACCCCUUCCGGGACCUGGGCAUCUACACCGACCAGGUCCUCGAGUCGUACAAGGGCAAGAACCGUCUCGAGAUGCCGCCCCAUGUCUUCGCCAUCGCCGAGGCAUCAUACUACAACAUGAAGGCAUACAAGGAAAACCAGUGUGUUAUCAUCUCUGGCGAGUCGGGAGCCGGCAAGACCGAGGCAGCCAAGCGCAUUAUGCAGUACAUCGCCAACGUCUCCGGCGGCGAAAGCGCAGACAUUCAACUUAUCAAAGACAUGGUGCUGGCCACCAACCCCCUACUCGAAUCUUUUGGAAACGCCAAGACACUUCGAAAUAAUAACUCGUCGCGUUUCGGGAAAUACCUCCAGAUUCACUUCAACACAAAUGGCGAACCCGUAGGAGCAGACAUCACCAAUUACCUGUUGGAGAAAUCGAGAGUCGUCGGCCAGAUCGUCAACGAGCGGAACUUCCACAUCUUCUACCAGUUCACAAAGGGCGCAUCCGAAAACUACAGGACUACCUUUGGCAUUCAGCAACCACAAACAUAUGCCUACCUCAGCCGCUCCAAGUGUUACGACGUUGACGGAAUCGACGACUUGGCAGAGUUCGGGGAUACUAUUGAGGCUAUGAAGAUCAUUGGUCUUUCGCAGGCUGAACAAGAUGAAGUCUUCCGGAUGCUGUCGGCAAUUCUGUGGUGUGGAAACAUCCACUUCGUUGAAGGAGACGAUAGCUUCGCUCAAGUAGCUGACCAAUCGGUGGUAGAUUUCUUGGCCUACCUUCUCGAGGUCGCCCCAGAACAAGUAACCAAGGCUAUCACCAUUCGUGUAUUAACCCCGAGGAGCGGAGAGGUCAUCGAGUCGCCUGCCAACCCGGCCCAAGCAAAUGCCACCCGAGACGCUCUGUCCAUGGCUAUUUACUAUAACUUGUUCGACUGGAUCGUACAGAGAAUCAACCUGUCGUUGAAGGCGAGACAAGCCACCUCCAACAACGUUGGUAUCCUCGAUAUUUACGGGUUCGAGAUCUUCGAGAAGAACAGUUUCGAACAGCUUUGCAUCAACUACGUCAACGAGAAGCUCCAGCAAAUCUUCAUCCAGCUGACCUUGAAGGCUGAACAGGAAGAAUAUGCUCGGGAACAGAUCCAAUGGACCCCUAUCAAGUACUUCGACAACAAGGUGGUCUGUGACUUGAUUGAGCAAGUCAGGCCUGUUGGAAUAUUCUCAGCUUUGAAGGAUGCGACCAAGACUGCCCACGCCGACCCAGCUGCUUGUGAUCGAACUUUCAUGCAAAGCAUAAACGGCAUGAAUCACGCCCAUCUUACGCCACGCCAAGGCAGCUUCAUCAUCAAGCACUACGCUGGUGAUGUGAGCUAUACAGUCGAGGGCAUCACCGACAAGAACAAGGACCAGCUUCUCAAGGGUGUCCAGGCAUUGUUCCAGCAGAGUCAAAAUCGCUUCGUCCACACUCUAUUCCCUACACAGAUGGACUCCGACAACAGGAAGCAACCGCCGACCUCUGGUGAUCGUAUCAGAACCUCAGCAAACGCGUUGGUAGAAACUCUGAUGAAGUGCCAGCCAUCGUAUAUCCGUACAAUCAAGCCGAACGAAAACAAAUCGCCGACCGAGUACAAUGUGCCCAAUGUGCUUCACCAGAUCAAGUACCUUGGUUUACAAGAAAACGUCAGGAUUCGACGUGCUGGUUUCGCCUAUCGUCAAUCCUUCGAGAAAUUUGUGGAGCGUUUCUUCCUGCUGUCACCAGCCACUUCCUAUGCCGGUGAGUACACAUGGAAUGGCAGCGAGGAGCAAGCCGUAAAGCAGAUCCUCAAGGACACAAGCAUUCCCAAAGAAGAAUGGCAACUCGGCACCACAAAAGCCUUCAUCAAGUCUCCCGAGACGCUGUUUGCCUUGGAAACUAUGCGGGAUCGAUACUGGCACAACAUGGCAACUCGUAUCCAGAGAAUGUGGAGAGCUUAUCUUGCAUACCGUGCAGAGUCAGCUACUCGAAUCCAACGUUUCUGGCGGAAGAAGCGGACUGGUGCCGAAUACCUGCAGCUUCGCGAUCAGGGCCAUCGUAUCUUGCAGGGGCGCAAGGAGAGGCGCAGAAUGAGUUUACUUGGCUCUCGUCGUUUCUUAGGCGACUACCUGGGUGUCAAUGCUACCACCGGACCUGGGUCUCAAAUUCGGAAUGGUGCUCAGCUGUCGGGUAACGAGCAGGCGCUAUUCUCAUGCCGUGGUGAGGUUCUUGAAUCCAAGUUCGGCCGAUCGAGUAAACCUAGUCCUCGUACAUUCAUCGUCACCAACAGCAAAUUUUACAUUGUUGCACAGGCACUAGUCAAUGGCCAGCCGCAGGUCCUCGUAGAACGGGCUGUUCCUUUAGGUGCGAUCAAGUUUGUUGGAGCAUCCACAAGUCGAGACGACUGGUUUUCGCUAGGCAUCGGUUCGCCACAGGAGGCAGAUCCCUUGUUGAACUGUGUAUUCAAGACGGAGCUCUUCACACAAAUGCAGCGAGGCAUGCCUGGCGGUUUCAGCUUGAAGAUUGGCGAGUCUAUUGAAUAUGCGAAGAAGCCUGGCAAGUUGCAGCUCAUCAAAGUGCUCAAAGAUGCACCCACUGCUGUAGACUUUUACAAGAGUGGCGCUAUCCACACACAACCUGGAGAGUCUCCGUCGUCGACAUCACGGCCGACGCCAAAGGGCAAACCUGUACCCCCUCGACCUAUCACACGUGGCAAGCUGAUUAAGCCUGGAGGGCCUGGGGGCCGACCCUUGCGUGGGGCCGCCAGCAGGCCUGCAGGCUCGAACGCAAAGCGCGGCCCUGCAUCAUUACAAGCUCAAACGCCACGCCCUGUUCCUACACCGGCUGCAGUUACCAAUGCCAUCCCAAGUCAUACGCGCAACCAAAGCUCCACAUCUUCUGCCGCACGCGUUCCGCCGCCGCCGCCUCCACCUGCCGCGCCACCGGCCAAGGCCGUGAAGCCUCAAGCCAAGGUUCUUUAUGACUUCGCCGGACAGAAGGAUAACGAACUUACAGUCAAGGCCGGAGAUGUUAUUGAGAUUGUGCAAAAGGAGAAUAAUGGUUGGUGGCUAGCCAAGAAUGCUGGGAGUCAGGCAUGGGUCCCGGCUGCCUACGUCGAGGAGAUCAAGGCACCAGCACCAGCACCGGCGGCGGCGCCCCGAGCACCACCACCUCCUCCUGCGCAGAACGGCAAUGGCGCUGCAGCACGAGCUAAACCUACACCGCCACAGCCUCCAGCGAAGCGACCAACCGCAAACAAGAAGCCGGCUGCGUUGCAAUCACGAGACUCCGGCAUUGCCAAUGGUUCAGAUAGUAGUCGAAGUAGCACCCCAACCCCACAGGCUCCUCUGGCAGGUGCUCUAGCAAACGCUCUGAAGGCCCGGCAGACUGCUAUGCAAAGCAAGGAAGAUGACGAUGAUUGGUGA